AUGGCGGGGCCGCGGCCGCCCCAUUGCCCCCCGUCACCUCUCCGCUCCCGCCGCGCCCCAUUCCGCCGCCGGGCCGGGCCCCACCGGAAGCGCCUGUCACGGAGCGCCGGAAGUGACGUCCUCGGCGGACCCCGCCGCUCUCCGGGGUUGGAGGCGGAGGUGGGGGACGCUCUAGGCCGCGGCGGCGCGGGAAGGACAACGCGGGGGGGCGACCAUAGAGCGCGGGACGGGCGAGGGCGCCCCCAAGCGGACGGCGCCGGGAACCGCCACCGGGGGCUCCGGUAUUGGGGGGGCCCUGGAGGGGGGGUCCCACCUUUCCCGGGCGUGUUGGGAGGAAUCCGGUUGUUCCUGUUCCAGCCUCGCGCCGGGAUGAAGCCCAACAGCACCUACAAGCAGCUGGACCCACUGCAGGACCAUGGGGUGCUCCCCAAGCGCUGCCGCGGGGCAUUGCCCCCCAUUGCGCUCCUCAUCCUCUUCAUCCUCAUCUUCCUCUUCUUCUUCAACCUCCGCCUCAACCCCGGUCGGUGCCGCGGUGCCGGCGGCGAUGCCAAAGCCUGCGCUGACCCGUGCCGGAUCGUCCUUGUGGAGAGCAUCCCGGAGGGAAUGAGCUUCGGCGCCGGCUCCGCGCCGAAUCCAUCCACCUUUUCCACAUGGAUGAACCUUCUGGGCAGCGCCACCCACAGCCUGGACAUCGCCUCCUUCUACUGGACCCUGACCAACGAGGACACCCACACCCAGGAGCCCUCCGCCACCCAGGGGGAGCAGGUCCUGCAGGAGCUGCUCCGCUUGUCCCGGCGCGGCGUCACCGUCCGCGUCGCCGUCAGCCGCCCCUCGGCGAAGGCGCCCCCCCGCGAUCUCCAGGCGCUGGAGAGCAGCGGUGCCGCGGUGCGCGCCGUGGACCUGCCGCGGCUGACGGGGGGCGUGCUGCACACCAAGUUCUGGCUGGUGGACGGCGCCCACCUCUACGUGGGCAGCGCCAACAUGGACUGGAGGUCUCUGACCCAGGUGAAGGAGCUCGGUGCUGCCGUCUACAACUGCAGCUGCUUGGCCGAAGAUUUAGGCAAGAUCUUCGAAGCCUAUUGGGCUCUCGGCGUUCCCGGCGCCUCCAUCCCGGUGCCGUGGCCGGCGAAUUAUUCCACCGCCUUCAACGCGGAGACGCCGCUGGAGCUGCAGCUCAACGGCUCCGCUGCUGCCGUCUACUUCUCGAGCUCCCCCCCGGCUCUUUGUGCCACCGGCCGCACCGAGGACCUCGGUGCCCUCCUCAGCGUCAUCGCCGCCGCCGAGGCCUUCGUGGACAUCGCAGUGAUGAGUUACCUGCCCACCACCGAGUUCUCCCACCCGCAGAGGUUUUGGCCGGCGAUCGAUGAUGCGCUGCGCAGAGCCAUGGUGGAGCGGCGGGUGAGGCUGCGGUUGCUGGUGGGCUGCUGGCGGCACAGCCAAGCCACCAUGUUCCCCUUCCUCAAGUCGCUGGCGGCCGUGGCCGAUAACCGGAGCCAUUACAGCGUGGCCGUGCGGCUCUUCAUGGUGCCGGCGAGUGCGGCGCAAGCGCGGAUCCCCUACGCCCGCGUCAACCACAACAAGUACAUGGUGACGGAGAAGGCGGCGUACAUCGGGACAUCCAACUGGUCCGGUGACUACUUCACACAGACGGCGGGCUCGGCGCUGGUGGUCAACCAGACGGUGAGUGCCGCCGGCACCGGCACCGGCACCGGCACCAUCCGGGAGCAGCUGGCGGCGGUGUUUGAGCGGGACUGGAGCUCCCAGUACAGCGCUGACAUUGGUGACACCGAGCGCUGGCAGAGCCGCUGCGGCUCCCAUUAAGCACCGGGGAACCGCAGGCGCCGGCGGCACCGAAUCCGGCCACUGCACUCCAAUUUGGGCUAAAACCACCCCAAACUCA